AGCGGGUGUUGCCGUUAAAACAGACAUGUCGAAGUAUCCUUGGCGCGCAGUGGCUUCAGCACUUGUCUUCUUCGCAUUGAUCUACAUUUUGCCAAUCCUUGUACGCGGAGAUCGAGGGGCUGAUUGGACACGUACAACACCGUUGCUCUAUGCUACGAGACACAGCGAAAGAGCGCGAUCUGACGAUUCUCUUGGGCAUGCAAUUGAAGACCCCGGCCAUGGCGGGAAGAGUGGGAUUGGUCAUCAUUUUGCGGGGGAUCAUGGAAGGGUCGCACGGAUUUUGAAGAAUGGAGGAGACAACUCAUCUGGUGAUUCUGUCCAGUCAACUGAGACGCCAUCAUCCUCGUUGUCGGAUGGCUCAAAAUCUUCUGAUGACCAAGACGUGCCUUCGUCUGCUCCGGCGAAUCCGGAUCGGGGCAAGAAGGGCACCAGCAGCUCCGAGACAACGAGCGGAUCUGACAGUGAAGCACCAUCAUCUGACGGCAGCACCCCGUCUGGAUCCGCUGGCAGCCAUCAGCGUGCCAGCAAGUCUAGUCCCAGUCCAUCAGGCACUAAGUCUUCCAAUGGGAACAGUGUUGCUGAAGAGUCAUCUCCGUCGACAUCGAGGUCGAGAAAGCCUGGCCAGAGUAAAUCGGGGCCUCGGGAUAGUGCCACACCAUCAAGCUCGAAUCCCGACCCGGCUACCCUCCAGUCUGAUAGUCCCAAGCCGUUGCGUACUGAGUCAGCGACUGAUUCAAAUCCGCCUCCUGAAGACUCGUCAUCAUCGCCGUCCCAGCCGGGAUCAAAGAAGUCGGGAAUGAAAUCGAGCGACUCUGGCGGUGAAGCGAGUCUUGCAGCACCGUCGCAGUCGGGAUCGGGAUCGGAUUCGAAAAAAUCUGGUGGCAAGAGGUCGAGCAAAUCUGAUGGUGCAGAGAUUCUUUCAGCACCGUCGGAGACAGGAUUGGGAUCGAGCAAAUCUGUCGACAAAGCAGCGUCUUUGGACAGCGUCCCGUCGAGCACCGGUCCCGACACGUCAAGUUCGGAUCCACAGUCGAGCGCCACAUCUUCCUCCGAUGAGAAAGCGGCCAUGGCAUCAUCAGAGGUCCAGCGAAGUCAGAGUCCCUCCCAGGAGUCAGCUCCUGCUUCGUCCCACGUGAAAGUGCCUUUCAUGGCGGGUAAAGUCCUGUCGAUGCUAACUAGGUCUGCCUCGACGACAUCAGCUGCGGCAGCAGGAGGAGAAGAAGGAGGAGGAGGAGGAGGAGCCACAGGAGGAAGUAAGUCUGGAUCUGGGGCCGUUCGUGAUACGGCCCCUGACAGCUCCUCUGUCCCUUCAGAGAUACCGGCGAAGUCAAAGAAGCGGAAAAGCUCUUCUUCUUCACCCUCGUUGGUCCCCAAUGAAUCGGCCUCUUCUCCUUCUUCCUCUUCUCCUGACGCCCCUGCUGAUAUAUCGGCGGAGGGUCAAUCCACUCGACAAGGCAGCAGCGAAGAUGCAUUGGCAUCCGCAUCCCUGGGGAAUGGCAAAAGUGAACCCGCAGUCAAAGAUGGCUCAAUGAUGAGCGACUCGUCGCCAUCCACGGCGAGCAAUUCUAUUGAAUCUACACCACGAACCUCGGAGGGGACAGAAGCUAGUGUUACCUCAAAGGCAACCGAUAUCAGCUCUUCUGAGUCUGUGUCUAAGCCAUCGUCUGCUAUCCCGUCCACCUCGCCAAGUGCUAGGAGUGUUGCUUCUACUAGCUCUCCUGCCAGUGAAACUUCUUCUUCUUCUUCUUCUUCUUCUUCUUCUUCUUCUUCUUCUUCUUCUUCUUCAGCAGAAGAGAAAAUUGGUAGUGCAGACUCGAGUGCACCGGACUCAACUAAAGGAGUCGAGAGAUGGUCGAUGGAUCGUAAUGGGAAAGGAAACGAACCAGCCAUUGAAUCCUCCUCUCCCUCCUCUCCCUCCUCUCCCUCCUCUUCCUCCUCCUCUCCCUCCUCUCCCUCCUCUCCCUCCUCUUCCUCCUCCUCUCCCUCUUCCUCCUCCUCCUCGCCUCCUCCUCAAUCUUCAGCACCUUUAUCAGCUGAUGCUAGCGCUGUUUCGUCCUCUCCAGAGCCGAAUGCCAUCAGUGAAUUAAAGACUGAGGGUUCUUCUCUGACGUCUCCUGCAGUGUCUAUGGCGUUGAGAGAGGACGGGUUACCUCCUAGCGAAUCUUCAAAGUCUGAGUCUUCGACUCCCACAGCGUCUUUGCCUUCUGCAAAGGAUAAACCACCUCCCAGUGAAUCCCUGAAUAUGGAGCCUUUGUCUUCGGGAGCUUUGAGUUCUUCUGAAAUACCGAAGGCGAGCGCUUCAUCUCCAGCAGUGCAGAAAGGGUUAACACCAGUACAGGAAAUGUUUGCUGGUAUGGGGAGAGAUGCAGCUGCUUCUUUGCCAGUGAUAUCAACAUCAUCAAUGUCUGGCGCAGAGCGGCUUUCGAAGGCAGAAUCUUCUUCGGCAAGUAAGGAAGGGUCGUCUGAGUCUACUGCAGCGCCAUCCUCAUCACCGGCUGUCCAGAGAGAUGCUAACACUUCCUCAUCGUCGGCUUCUGCGGUUGGAAUAGAUAGCAGAAUGAGCAGAAUGAGGUCUGCUCCUCAGUCCUCUUCUUCUCUGUCGUCAUCAUCACCGCCCUCAUCACAUGAUGUUCUUGAAGGUGACAAGGCUCCUGCGUCCUCGACGUCCACGGUCAAAACAGAAAAAACGGGGGUUGUUUUGGGGUCGUCGUCUUCUCCGUCCUCGUCGCCACCGUCCUCAUCACCUGAAGUCGUGGAAGGCGCCGUGCCUUCUGCAUCUUCGUCUUCUGCAGUUCACAUGGAGGGUACAACGAGGUCUUUUCCGCAGUCCUCGUCUUCUCUGCCUUUGACACCCUAUUCGUCACAAUCACCCGACUCUGUGGCAUCAGCAUCCAAGUCUGCACUAGCAUCUGAGUCGAUGCGUGCAGCUAUCAUUCCUCAAGGGAGGUCCUUUAACGGUGAAGUAGCUUCUGGGAGCGCAAGGGCUCCCAAUGCUUCAACAGCUCAAAUGAAAUCCGCUUCUGAGAGCAGCGAACCCACUCCCUCUCUUCCUCCUUCCUCCCCAUCCUCAGAGUCCUCGUCUGCCCGUGAAAGCGACCAGGCAAUGCGGUCUAGUGCUGCAAAAUCUUCCUCUUCCAAAGGUGUGAUGAAUGAGUCAUUAUCAUCAUCUUCCCCAGCAUCCUCCACAUCUCCACCAGAUUCCUCCUCUACUGCACCAUCCUCAUCCUUGUUAUCUUCUGCAACCCCGUCCUCGGCACUGGAAUCAACACCUUCGUUAUCAUCAGCAGCAUCGCCCUCGUCUUCAGGGUCUUCGAACAGCAGUGAAGCAUCUGCUUCUGCAUCGUUGGUGAGUGGCAUGAUUCAAGACAGGUCUAUGAAUCUUUCAUUUUCAACACCUCUGCCUUCAGAAGAUACCUUGUUGCCUUCCUCGACAUCACCCUCCUCGACAUCACCCUCCUCGGCAUCACCCUCCUCGGCAUCACUCUCCUCAUCAUCACCAGAAUCAACCCCCUUAUUGUCGUCAGCAGCGGCACCUUCAUCUUCAUCCUUGAAGAACAGCAGUGAAGCAUCUGCCUCUGCAUCGUCGGCCAAUGUCAUUCCUCAAGACAGGCUUAUGUCAUAUUCAACACCUCUGCCUUCAGAAGUGAUCGAGGUCAGCAGCAUGAGCAGUGUGGAAUUGGCCUCAUCGUCCGCAGCGGUGGAGUCCUCGGCGCCGAUGUCAUCAUGGCCAGCGGUGGAGUCCUCGGUGCCGAUGUCAUCAUGGCCAGCAGUGGAGUCCUCGAUGCUGAUGUCAUCGUGGCCAGCGGUGGAGUCCUCAGCUCCCCCAUCGUCGUGGUCUGUGGAGUCCUCUGCUCCGCCAUCGUCGUGGUCUGUCGAGUCUUCGGGCCCACCGUCAUCGUGGUCAGUGGAAUCCUUGGCCCCGCCAUCGUCAUCGUCGGUCGAGUCCUCAGCAACGACGGUGGAGUCCUCAGCUCCACCAUCGUCGAGGCCGGUGGAGUCCUCGGCUGCACCAUCAUCAUGGCCAGUGGAAUCCUCAGCUCCGGCAUCGUCAUGGCCAGUGCAGUCGUCAUCAUCACCAUUGGAGUCAUCAGCUAUGGACUCAGCUGCCGACUGGAGAGAAAUGGAUUCCCAGUCUGAAUCACUGCCAUCACCAUCUGCUUCAAUAUCAACUGUGCCAGCCUCUGAUGUUCCUGUGUCCUCGAACAUCCCAAUAUCAUCUUCUUCUCCUCCAACUUCCAAUCCUCUUUCCUCCUCUCCUCUCUCGUCCUACUCCUCGCCAUCCUCAUCUUGGUCCUCUCUCUCUUCUCCUCCCUCUUCUGCUGUGUACUCUGGAACCUUACAGGACUUGCUGGCAGCUUCUUCUUCGCAAUCAGCAGCAGCCUCCAGUAUAUCAAUCCCUGUUGCUCUCAAGAGUGCAACCAGCGAGAACAUGCCGGCUAGUGCUUCAGCAGUUACCUCUGCUUUCCCAUCUGAUCGGCUGUCAGCAGUGCUCUCCAGCCGAGCACAUCCUUCAGAUACUGUAAGCAUGAGCUUCAGCCAAAUGCCGAAAGCGGCAAUGUAUCCUUCUCUGCCUCCUUCAGAUGUUACUGUGGUGCGGCCAACAAGUGCUCGGGUGUUCACCUAUGAGGAACUCUCCGCAGCAACAAAGGAAUUUUCUAAUGACAUGGUCCUUGGCGAGGGAGGCUUUGGAAAGGUUUACAAGGGUGUCUUGGGCGAUGGCACACAGAUUGCCGUGAAGAAGCUAACGAUUGGCGGCCAGCAAGGGGACAGAGAGUUUUUAGUCGAGCUGGACAUGCUGAGCCGCCUUCAUCAUAGGCAUCUGGUUGAGCUGAUUGGUUAUUACAGCAGUAAGAACGCAGCUCAGCAGCUGUUAUGUUAUGAACUUAUUCCAAAUGCAAGCUUGGAGUCUCACCUCCAUGGUCCAGAUUCAAUCAAAGCGCUGAAUUGGGAAACGAGGAUGAAGAUUGCAAUCGGUGCUGCCAAGGGAUUAGCAUACCUUCAUGAAGAAGCACAACCCUGUGUGAUUCAUCGGGACUUCAAGGCAUCAAACAUUUUGUUGGAGAAUGAUUUCACUUCAAAGGUUGCAGAUUUUGGGCUGGCAAAGCAAGCUCCAGAUGCACGGGGCGGUUACGUCUCCACCCGAGUUAUGGGCACCUUCGGCUAUGUUGCGCCUGAAUAUGCAAUGACUGGGCACCUCCUGGUCAAGAGCGACGUGUACAGCUAUGGAGUUGUACUUCUAGAGCUUCUCUCUGGACGCAAACCAGUGGAUAUGUCAGCACCUCAAGGACAGGAGAAUCUUGUUACUUGGGCAAGGCCAUUGCUGAAAGAUAGGGAGCGUCUGGUAGAGCUGGCAGAUCCCAGGCUUGAAGGGCAGUACCCCUUGGAAGACUUUGCUCGUGUGGCAGCGAUCGCGCUACAGUGCGUUCUACCAGAGGUGUCUCAGCGGCCGUCUAUGGGAGAAGUGGUUCAGCUGUUAACGUCCUUGCCGAGGGGCAGGGAAUACACCCACAGUGGGGAGAGAGGAUUAAGUGGAGAAGCAUUCCAGUUCUACGGGACGGGAGAGUUGCAGAGCGGAUCGCAGGCUGGGAUGUACUCGUUCGGUUGGUCAGGCGGGUUUUCAGAAAGUAGCCAUAUGUUCAUCGAAGGUGCGGAGAGCAGAGGCUUUCCGUUGAUGGACCCAAGGCACGGAAACGGGUGUAUCUCUGACAACAGCCCACAGCAGUUCGGUAGCGGACGGUCCUAUCAUGGCGGCGAUGCGGAUGGUUAUGGGAACUGUGUUGACGGGGUAAGUAGGCAGCAUUCAGAAACGUCUGCAGUCUCAGGAGCGUAUGACACGGAUGCGUCUGUCCCGCGAACAGCUGUGAUCUCAGAGUGUUUCUCCGAGGGGAGAUGAGGAUGUUGUCUCAUCGACUUGAUCCCAAACAUGGGCAGCAGUGCGCGGUGGCCUGGCCAAACAUGGGAAUAAGAGAAGAGGGGUUGUGUUCCCCUGUCAAUGGCUGAAUGCUCUGUACAAAGGAAUUGUCAAUUCGGCACCUAUAGGCUUGCUGAGAGUCAUGGAGGAGUCUGGAUGGCGUUGGAGCGACUCUAUUCAAUGAACUGGCUAUUCUCCUCAAAGCGUAGGCCAAGGCUCUUUCGAAGAGGUCGACAUGUAUUGCUUUCGGCAACAGCCUGUCUGGCGCAGACCAUUCGCCAUGGGCAUCUGGACAUUCUUCGAACGGUGAUGGAUGAUAAAGAGCUAAGGGUUCUUUACAGGCAAAAGCACAUGCCAUCUCUUUCAAGAUCAAGUCUUGCCGUCCGAGAGUCGUCUGGCCGUCGUCCCGGCUUAUUUGUCUGGGUUUCCAGGCAUUCUCAUGGACACAAGUGCAGCUUUUGAAGGUGAGGUUCUAUCAUGCAAGGGAGUACACGAAAGAUGUGGCAUAUGCAGCGAAUCGAGUUCUUUCUCGGGUACCCUCUACCGGGCACCCAUUUUUGUUUGCAGGUUAUGAGGUUAGAAUCCGUUAGAUGCUGCCGCGCUUUGUGCAUGAGAUGCAUGGUUGUGAAGAUGGCAGCUGUUGUAGGAUGGCAUAGAUCGAAGCUACAUCGACGAUGGCGGCGGGACAGUAACACGUGGCAAAGCAGAAGCUCGGCAAUCGCCGGUUCAUUGAAUAGGGAGAAGAGGUAUCUUUGUGUCUUGGGCAUGUCCUGCAAAUGCUUAUUAUGUGUGAAGCAUCCAUGGGGUAGAACGAAGCCACAUCGACAAAGGUAUCUUUGNCGAAGCCACAUCGACAAAGGUAUCUUUGUGUCUUGGGCAUGUCCUGCAAAUGCUUAUUAUGUGUGAAGCAUCCAUGGGGUAGAACGAAGCCACAUUGACGAAGGUAUCUUUGUAUCGUGGGCAUGUCCUGCAAAGGCUCAUUAUGUGUGAAGCAUCCAUGGGGUCGAACGAAGCCACAUCGACGAUGGCAGGGACGGUACAGGAACAGUUAAACAUCGCAAAGCAGAAGCUGGGGAAUUGCCAGAAGGAAGGGGGAGAAGAGGGAUCUUUCGUGUAUUGGCCAUGUCCUGCGAAUGCGUAUUAUGUGUGAAGCAUCCAUGCCGCAUCGAAAAGGCUUGGCCAAGCGGAAGCUCCGAAACUGCUGCAAGGAACGGAGAGGAGCGGUGUCUUUGCCUAUUGGGCACGUCUUCCAAAGGCGUCCAGGGUGUGAAGAAAGCACUUUACAAAAUCAACUCGCUAUGAACUCUCUCGCAAUUCACUCAGCGUUUGGCGCAAACGGUGUGGACUCGGCGCAAACAGCGUGCACCGUUGUAGAGCGCUGUGAAGGUACCGCAGGUCAUCAAGCGGGUCUUUCCUCCGCAGCAUUCCUCUAAUCAUUCUUUCUUCUCAUGCUUGGGCUUAACUUCUGUGAUUGCAUUGUUUAGAAGCACAGUAAUAACGCCACAUGAUUCGGCGGCACUAAUGUAUUGAAGCAGUUUGAUGAUGAAUUUGAUGGUUAUCACAUUGGUUAGAAGCUUAGCAAGUGCCCAUAUGCAUGUUCUCCUAGCCACAUCCUUCUUGCAUCUUGUCUGUGACCAGGAUAUGAAGAUGGCAAAAAACAAAGGAUAUCUAGAUGCACAGCGGCAGGGGGGAAAGUGAUCAAGAGAAAGUUCCACUUGUGCCAUGGAACAAUAACAAACCACGCAGGUGUUUGUUUGUGCACAUGGAGCGUAAAAUUUGUCCAGUAAGGAAGUGAAAGAAUAGCAGCAGAAGUGAGGGAGAGAACAGCUACCAACGGAUAGAUGCUCUGUGUGUGUGAGAGAGAGAGAGAGGGAUCGAUUGAUGGAUGGAUGGAUAGAUGGUGAGGCAUGGAAAAACAUCCACAGAGAGAGAGAGAGAGAGAGAGAGAGAGAGAGAUCCAUGGAUGGAUGGAUGGAUGGGUAGAUGGUGAGGCAUGGAAAAAUGUCCACAGCGAGAGAGAGAGAGAGAGAGAGAGAGAGAGAGAGAGAGAGAGAGAGAGAGAGAGAGAGAUGAAUGGAUGAAUGCAUGGAUUGAGGGAGGGAGGGAGGGAGGGAGGGAGGAGAGGGAGGGGAAGAGGAUAUCGCUCUCCAUUUGGGAGAGUUGGAACAUCUGAGGGUUUGUGGUUAGUGCACGGAAUAAGCUCGACACGUGGGGAGUUUUGGAAACUGUACAGUCACAAGUUCUUUUUUUUUUUUUUGUUUCUCUUGUUGUUUAACCGCGGUAUCGUAAGGUGGAUGAAUUGUUUGCGUUCACGACACAAGCAGCAAUUACUGCUGGACCGGAGGGAGGAGGAAGGAUCGGAGGGAGGAGGAAGAAAAUUUGUUCUUCCGGCAGGCGAAAGGAAAGAAAAACAUUUGUGCUGCAGCAUAUUAGGUGAGACAGUAGAGAAGAAUUAUGAGGGAGCAAUCGAGUUGGAGAUAAACAGACUUAUUUGAAAACCGAUGGAUGGCAUUUGUCGGCUGAUUACUCUUUUUUUUUCUUUCGAUGGUGCGGCCAUCUCAUGUUUGCCGCCGACUAUUCUUAGUUUGCCCUCCAGUCCUUAGAGAACAAUCUCUGUGAGCCUCUGAGUUGAUCUCAUUCUUUCUGUCAGUGCCAUUUUUUAUUGAAGGGUCUGCUCAUGUUCUGUAAACCAUGCAAACGCGCCAAAAAUCUCUAAGGUCCCGAGACCUUUACGUUAG